AUGGCCGACGCGAACGGCUUGGCGCCACACUCGGCAUCGGACUACAUCGCCCACCAGAAGCUCGCCCGGGCGAGUCGCGACUGGAAAUACCUCGUUCAACCGUCUGUGAUCGCGGCAUGCCUGGCUGUUACAGGGCGCGUCCUCCUUGGCCCCCUUGUGCUUCUGCUUCUGCUGCUCACCACCAAGUAUUUUUCCAGUGGCUCCGUUCUCAUCAAGGCUGAGGACACCUUCUUCGCCUUCACGGAACAAGACGUCACGAUGGCAGGCGGGUGUUCAGGGUGUAUUGGUCUCUGCAAAGUUAUAGUGCUCAAGUACGCGUUGUUCAACGGGAGCGCGUUCGUGAGCUCGCCCAUAUUCAACGCCUUCGUUGCACUCGGACGUGAUGAAUCGUUGUACGACUUCAGCUCUCUGAGUCCGGAAGCUCUCGAGCUCGGGGACCCGCUCGAUGCGAAUGGGGCCGUUUGCCAAAGCGUCACCAACGAGUGGGGGCUACUCACAACGUGGCCACAGGGACAGCUCAGCAGAUACUGGAAAUCAUCCGCACGCUCGACCUCAGCGUCGCGCCGCAGAUGGUACGCGAGCUCGAGCUCUCCGUUGGCCGUACGGAUGGGUGCGAUACACCCUGGAGCCUACUUUCUCUCACACGACUCUUCAAGUUCCCAAUGCGAGUAG